AUGGUGUCAGGUGCCCUGGAACUGGCAUUAUGGAAGACUAUUUCCGUUGGCCAAAUGGUACCGCCAAGGAGCAUCCAGAAUGUAGACUUCUGGAAGAACCCGUGGGAUGUGGGGGGCCUGACAGUGAUUGGCUUGUUCACCUCCACGUUCCUGCUCUUCAUCUUAUUUGCUGUUGUGUUUGGGUAUGUGGAAAAGGCUGUGUUUGAAGAGGAGUGAUCCGUCUCCUCGGCGGCCUAGAAGGCAGCAGAGAGAGAGGGGCUGACCUGCUCAGCCCUGACCAGCAGUGGGCUUCCAGUCCCUCUGGCUCAAGAAAGAAUCUCUGGGAACCACUGGACCUUGCCUAGGGGUUGGCCAGUUAGCCAGGUGGGAAGGCAGGUGUGGUACCAUUUCUGGCUCUCUCAUCCUGCACCAGCUGAACACUAAGCACACGGAGAAGAA